AUGCUGCAGGGCGUCAACGAGCUCGCAGAAGCUGUCAAGGUCACGAUGGGACCCAAGGUGCCACCUAACUUCAUCUUUCCUUUCCUCGUAGACUGGUAUAAAACGACGAAGAUUUGAAUGUGCUUAGAGAUGAGCACAAAAUAAGGUGUCGUGCUUUGAUUGAGUCGCAGAAGGGAUUAUAAUGCACGCUUUUAUGGUGGUUAACUGCUGAAGCCAACAGUCCUGAUGCUGGAAAUGCAGUCAGAAGCAGAAUUCCCUGGCCGACUUAGAGGCAUCGAUUUUUUUAUGUUUCUGUGAAAGGGAGUAUGAUGUAGGAAUGUCUUUCUGAUCGGUAUGUGUGUUUCAGGGCCAAUACGUCGAAUAUUGCACGCAGGAUCUAGGAAGGGUAUAUACAAGUAGAUGUACUACUUGGGCUGACAUUCUUGUGUGUGGCAUUUUGAGGCUGCCGAUAAAAAAUCUGAAAAAUGAAAAGAUGAUAGAGUUAUAAUGUUUCUAUUGGUUAUCUAAUCUCUCGUCAUGAUCCAUCAAGAGUAAAUUUUUUCUCUUUUUUGUUUGCAGGGCCGUAAUGUCAUUAUUGAGAGAAGUCAUGGUGAUCCUAAAGUCACAAAAGAUGGUGUAACUGUUGCAAAAAGUGUUGAAUUUAAGGACAAGGCCAAGAAUGUCGGUGCAAGCCUUGUAAAACAGGUUGCAAAUGCUACGAAUACUGCAGCUGGAGAUGGUAAUUAUCUAAUCUAUUGCUUAUUACGUCAUGGAAAUUCCUCACUCUAUUUUGAAUUCGAUUAAACCGUGCACUGGAUCUAUCUGUAUCUAUUUUGAAUUACUGUAUACUUCAGUUCAUAUCUUUGCAUAAUUUUUAAUUUUACUUUGUCUUUACAUAUUUAGGCAAUUGUGGUCAUUUUCACUAGGACUGUUAGAAUUUUCAAAUUCCUACCAUGUGAGUGUAAUGAUCUCCUACUAUUUUUAUCUUAGUUAUGAUAACAAAUACCUCUGGUCUCUUUAUUAAUUUAAUGCAUAAUGAACUUAGUUGACCAUUAUUGGACAUGUGAAAGAAGUAUGAAUCCCCCCAUGUAUUUCUCCUUUUAGAUAAGUAUGCCAAUGACCUUUAAUUUGGAUCGUGCAGCAAGAAAUAUGAUAGCGUCACUACUUUUUCACGUUAUUUAUGUCAUAGUUUGUUAUUAUAUCUGCAGGUACAACCUGUGCUACAGUCCUUACGCAGGCAAUUCUGACUGAAGGCUGUAAGUCAGUGGCAGCUGGAAUUAAUGUCAUGGACUUGCGCUAUGGUAUUAACAAGGCUGUAGAUGCUGUCGUUUCUCACUUGAAAAGCAGGGCAUUGAGGAUCAGCACACCAGAAGAAAUCUGUCAGGUUUUGUCUUAGCUAAGUCGUAAAUGUCAAAGAGCUCUAAUGCCUUACGUGUCGAUAGUGGCGUUCAUUGUUAGGAUUUUUAAUAUCUCCUCAGUAAUUGAAUGGUAAAGUAGGCUGAUUUUAACAGGUUGCAACCAUCUCUGCCAAUAAUGAAAGGGAAAUUGGUGAACUAAUUGCGAGGGCUAUGGAAAAAGUUGGGAAGGAAGGGGUCAUUACAGUUUCUGUGAGUUCAUUUAAAUUUAGUGAAGUUCUCAGUAACUUAUGCAGUACAGCAGCAUUUCACUUUCUAUGAUCUUGCAUGCUCAUUUUAUGUGUAAAAUUUUCAGGAUGGAAAAACUUUGUACAAUGAGCUUGAAGUUGUCGAGGGUAUGAAAUUAUCUCGUGGUUAUAUAUCUCCAUAUUUUGUCACUGAUCUGAAGACCCAAAGAUGUGUAAGUCUUAAUGAUUUGGUCAGGCAGAUAUGGUUCAUCAAAUAAAUCCGAAGAUGUGCUUAUCAGCGAUUAUUUUAACCCUGUCGUAAUGUAGGUUUAUUGAAUUGCUAGCUUGAGUCGUAAGCUGUAAAAUCUUUUCUAUCAUGCGACUUCACAUACAAAGACAAUUUUUUGCAGCUUUAUAAAUGUUACUUUCUUGAUCUGUGAUAUCAAGUGCCAUUAUAUAUUUCAUCUUUACAUGUAGACAGGAACUAGAAAAUCCAUUGAUCCUAAUCCACGAUAAGAAAAUCUCAAGUUUGGAAAACAUGGUUGGAAUAUUGGAACUUGCUAUCAAGGUAAUUUCCUAUUCAAUUUAAUCUUAUAAAAUCAUGAUGGAUAUCUCUUCCCAGAAAGUUGCAGUUGACGAUUUGACCGAUUUUAUUUUGUUCACAGAACAAUAGGCCUCUUCUAAUUGUGGCUGAGGAUUUAGAGAGUAAUAUUCUUGCUUUACUCAUCCUUAAUAAGCAUCGUGCUGGACUUAAGGUAAUGCAUCACUGAAUCCUGCUUUGAACUUGAGUUUUGAGACAGCUGGUUUGGUGCACCUCUUGUUUAGAGGUGAUCAGUGAUUUUCUUGAGACGUGAAAUAUCUACCACUGAUGUCGGCAUUGCACAUGUUACAAUUUCAGUCAUUGAUUGGAUGAUGGAUGUUUGCAAUUCAACCUUGUUUAGGUUUGUGCCGUCAAAGCUCCUGGUUUUGGGGAGAACAGGACAGCAAAUUUGGAGGAUCUUGCCAUUCUAACUGGGGGAGAGGUCAGAUACCCGUAAUCAAAGAAGAGUAGCCUUCACUACUGGCCGAAAUACUUCCAUUUCUUUCUGGUUUUCUCGUUACUCAAUCGAGAAAUUUUUAUUCAGAACUUUGGAACAUCCAACUUCUUUUUACUACACAGGUAAUCUCAGAAGAUCGUGGAUUGACUCUGGAAAAAGUAAACCCGGAGAUGCUUGGUACAGCCAGAAAGGUUAGAUUUUCAUUGAAGUGCCUUAAAUGUUAUUCUGUUUUAUCUGUUCUUUCAGGUAUGAGGAUGACGGUUCUGUUCAUAAAUAGGUCACAAUCUCUCUGGAUGAUACCAUUUUACUGCACGGUGGUGGUGACAAAAGGCUAAUUGAAGAGAGGUGUGAGCAGGUACACGAUUUGCUUCUCUCCCAAUAAUGGGCCAUUCUGAAUCACCUCUAGCUGAAAGUCUUGCGCAAAUUUUUCCUUCUUUGACUUGAAACCAGUGGAAGGAGCAUAUAACCACGCUUUGUCCCAUCUGCCAAAGAGAUGAUAACUGCAGAAAGCAUCCCAAUGAAUUUAACCCGCAGGACAGCCAUGGAUUGAAGGAGACCAGUUGGGAUUAUAAUUUGUGUGCAUUGAAUCACUGGUUCACUUUGAAAUGAUUCAUAACAUCUGUUUCAAUAAUGUUAAGUAUGAUCAGAAAAGGCCUAAUAUUUCCUUUUAAGGAUAUAAAAAGAAAAUUAAUGAAAACAGGGAGACUGAUGUUGAAACCUGUUAGAGUUACUAUCUUUAUGUUCAUAGUUUUAUCUUUUAUAAUACCUAAUGUGGGACUAUUCUUGGCAAAACCUUCAACAGUUGCGGUCGUCCAUUGAGAAAAGCACAGCCCUGUUUGAUAAGGAGAAAGCACAGGAACGAUUGUCGAAGCUAUCUGGUGGAGUUGCUGUCAUCAAGGUUCGAUCCAUUUUUUAUCAUCUCAUCCGAGGAAAUGUGCCUGCAUGCCGGCAUAUCAAUCAUCUUAUUUCUCUUUAUGGCAAUACCAGAUCGGUGGUGCUAGUGAGGCGGAAGUAGGUGAGAGAAAAGACAGGGUCACAGAUGCCUUGAACGCUGCAAGAGCGGCCGUGGAAGAGGGGAUUUUGCCAGGUAAUCUAGUUAUUUGCAUUUCUGGUUCUAUCUAUUCUGUUCACUGAUAUGACUCGUACUUGCAGGGGGUGGUGUUGCUCUUCUUUAUGCUGCUAGAGAGCUAGAGAAGAUUCAAACAGCUAACAGUGACGAGAAGAGAGGAGUUCAGAUUGUUCAAACCGCUCUAAAGGUGGGUCUCUAGGUUUUAAUCAUCUUUGCAAAAAAUUAAUUAAAUUCUUCAAAAAAAAAUGAAAUAUUUUCCGUCAGGCACCUUCGUUCACAAUCGCUGCAAAUGCUGGUGCUGAUGCUUCUCUAGUUGUUGGAAAGCUAUUGGAGCAGGAUGAUCUUAAUCUGGGUUAUGAUGCAGCAGAAGGUUUGUCUCAGUGUUCUACUUGCGAAUUAUUAAGCGUUGACUUUGGGAUUUCCAUUUUUGACGAACUUUUAGCUGUUAAUUAAACAUUUAAUUAAUGCCCAAUGAAGAUAAAAUAGUGAAAAUCCAGGGGGUCAGCUUUCUGCUUUCCAUUUCUGAUAAACUCCAGGGAUGAAUUUUUAUUUUUAUUUUUACCACAUCUGAUCAAUCUCACCUGAAGAUUUUUCGGAAAAAAUGGAGGUUUAAUUAUUUUUCUGGCAUUCUUGCCUGAGCAAUGGAAAGAAAAUCUCUUACUCUGAGGAGGUUUUUUUCUCAGUAUACUGCACUAUGAAGCUGGUUUUUUAUUUUUAUUUUUAUCGUAUAUAUCAAGAAAGAAUAUCCACGUGGAAAUGCAUCACCGAUGUUUCAUGGCGUAAUUAGGUGAAUACGUUGACAUGGUGAAGGCCGGCAUAAUAGAUCCCCUGAAAGUCAUCCGAACUGCUCUUGUUGAUGCCGCCAGGUAGGCCAUCAUUUUUGGAAAUAUUUUUAUAUUACGCGGAUGGACUGCAGUGUCUCCUGAGCUCGUUGACUUUGAAUGGACUGCAGUGUCGCCUUAUUGUUGACGACGACUGAAGUGGUUGUGGUUGACCUCGAGGAUGCGAAGAGCAGCCUGCCGGCGCCUCGAAUGCCGCAAAUGGAUGGCAUGGGGUUCUAA